AUGGAAAAAUUCACUCAUCUGGAAGCUCUGCUGUUUACUGCUGUGCUGGAGAAUUGUGUUGAUCAGCUCUCAAUUCUUGGAUAUAUCAUGCCAGUUUCGUAUGAGGGCAAGACAGACAUCAGCCAUACUGGCAGCCAGGAAAUUAAAGAAAUCAUAGAGAACCAGAAGGAGCUGGACAUCAACAGCCAAGAGCUUAUGUCAGCAAGGCAAGGGAGUGGGGAAACAGUUACCUCCAUGUCUCUGAAAAGCAUCGAACACAAGGAGCAGCUGGGGAAAACUGAAGAUCUAAAAAGCGCCCAUCAUUUUUCCAACAGGGCCAUGAAACACAGUGCUCUGUCUGUAGAGAAUCUCAGAAAAAUUCAGGCUGACAGGCAGUAUGCAAGUGAUGUAAUUACAGUCACUAUGAAAAAGAUGCAGGAAUCGGGAACAUUUAAUAGCCUAACAGAAGCUAAUGAGAGAGAGAAGGAAAAAAAGACCAAGUUUCAUGACAUCCUCAUCAGGGAGGAGGAAGGAAAAAAAGAAAUAAAGUCACUCGAGAAACAGCUGCAAGAUGUCAAGAAACAAACUGAAAUAGAACUUCAGAAUCGAGAUGGUAUGAUUGCCUACCUCAAAGACAAGCUCCAAGAGAUGAAGGCCAAAAUUAACAUGGAGAGCUGCUACACGAAGAAAAGCACAGACCUCCAGGUCCACCAAACUCAGAAGAAGUGCAGCAAUGCAGAGAAUGUCCUGGAUGAGGAAAUUCAGAAGUUGAGGAGCAAAACUGAUGAGGAGAUUCGAGUCCACACGGAGAUGGAAAAUUUCCUCAGGCAACAACAUGAGAAAGUGGAAGAGAAGCUGGAAUACUGGGUGGACAAGUAUGAAAAUGACACAGACGCUAAAGACGAAGAACUAGAUGCCCUAAAAACAUUAAAGGCAAACAACUUGGAAGUGCUGCAGAGACUUGCCACAGAGUGCUGGAUGUUUGAGAAAACCAUCAUCGCUGACCGGGCAGAAAAGGAGGCUAAAAGGAGACAACUAGAGCAGGAUGCCCUGGAGCUGAAGAGCAUCCUGAAGCUGCAGGCCUGGUGGAGAGGUACAAUGGUCCGUAGAAACCUCGGCCCCUACCAGGCCCUCAGGAAGAUUUGGGAGAAACAGCUAUCAAAGCAGACAGAAAAAGGGAAGAAUGGAAAAUACGGAGCAAAGAAAAAGACACGAUAA